UGUCGGGGAACACAAAAGUUUCUUGCUGUUUCUAGAUCUCUUGCGGUCCUCGUUGAUUACCUUGCCUGUUUUAACCAGUCAUUUCAUGCAUAAGUCAUUUACGAGGUUAGCUAUUUUUUCUUUUUUACUGUUUAUUUUAAUAUAACCGCGCAUACUACCGUACUAUGUUCUCUGCAUCACGGCGGUUCUUUGUCACUCUGACCAGAAAAAUGCGCUGCGCUCUAAACCACAGAACGAGACCUGUUUUGCUUUUUCUUGUUCGUUUCUUUGUGUUCGCUGUAGCUUCCUCUAGCGACACGUGCGGCCGCGCGUUUUGGCUUCAUUUUCAUUGGCUUCAGUAAUCGCUGCAUGCGGGCGUUGUUGUAGAGGCUGCCGCAGAGGCAGCGGAGCCUGCCGGGUCGUGCUGGAUUGCGUCGUUCAGCGUAAGGAUGAGUGUGGCAUGUCUGGCGUUGUCGGUAUCUCGAGCGCGUUUGUUAUCUGCUGAUCGCGAGGAUAUGCUGCCGCGGAACCGAAGCCCUCUCCAGUGCGUCGGUGCGCGGUCGUCCUGACGCGAUGUCGGCGGGCGACGCGAUGUCGGCGGGCAACGCGACGGCGGCCGACACGCUGCAGACGUACACCGUGGGUUCCUACUUCUCGACGUCCGUGUGCCCGACGUGGCUUCCUACCAACCACAUACUCUUCCAGUUGGCCAACAUAUUCCUCUUUCUCUCGUACAUGGCGCCCGCGGGCCUCUAUGGGCUCCUGUAUCUGCGCGUAUGUCUGACAAUCGGCAGCUUUUUCUUCGCCCUCUGGGGCUACGUUAUUUUGUGCGCCUUCGACACUAUGGUGUGGAACUCAUUCUUCACUGCCAUCAACCUAGUGCAUGUGUGCGUGCUAAUGUAUAUACUGCGGCCGGUGCGACUGGCGCCCCACAUGGAGGUCGUGUACCAGGAGCUCUUCCAGCCGCUCAAAGUGUCGCGCCAGCAGUUUCAGGCGGCGGCAUCCUGCGUCAAGACGGUUAUGGAUGUGGAACCGCAGGAGACGUACGCCGUGGAACGCGUCACGCGCGCCGAUCGCCUGACGCUCGUGCUGAGCGGCAGAUUCCUCGUCUCGCACAAGGGCCGGCCGCUGCAGAUCGUCGAUCGGCUCGAGUUCCUGGACUCGCCCGAGUGGUUCGGCGUGUGCAGCAGCGGCGGCGACAACUUCCAGGUGACCAUGACGGCGAUGGAACGCUGCCGCGUGGUGGUGUGGAACCGCGACAAGCUCAAGCUCACCAUCAGCGGCGACACCUUCCUCCAGGCCGUGUUCGACAACGUGGUCGGAAAGGACGUGGUGCGCAAACUGCUCUUCGUCACCGAAUCGACGCAGAACAACCCGCACGUCGAGAAUGCGUCCGAGACGACCAAGCUGCUCAUCCAGAUGAAGGAGAACGCUGUUCGCGCGGCGUCUCGCGGAGAGAAGGGUAUAGUAUACUAUGCACCUACUGAAGAGGAAGAGCUGUGCACGCUGAAAGAAGACGAUGCUCUGGUGAGCGUAUGGAGCUGGGGCCGGCGACCUUGCUAUCGUUCAGACCCCGAGACGGCAGUCUAACUCACCGGUGCCUCAUUUGCUGCGAGGUCACACAUCAUGGUUGCCAAAUGCAUUUUUCACCAUUAAACUGUUUAUCCGUGUUUCAAA